AUGUCUGUUAUUGGAUCAGCUCAACCAGACGUUGUGAGAAUAAAAGUUUAUAAACCGAAUAUUAAUGUAAACGAUCAAGGUCAUGAAGUAGGAUCAUCGAAAAAAUUUUGCAUUGAUCCCCGUUUAACAACUUAUCAAACGUUACAGUGCUUAAUUGCUCAAGCAUUUGAUAUUAAAUCAGAUUUUACAAUACACGCCAUACAUAAAUGUACAAAGAGUGGCCGAGAACAAGUAACGGCUAUUUGGUCCGAUUGGGAUCUUGAUGCAUCAAUACAAACUGUUCAACCAGGUUCAUAUUUAAGAUUACGAUAUGAAAUAACUCCUCGAGAAGAAGGUCUCGAUGAUUGGGAUUUUAUUGGAUUAAAUGAUUUCAAUGCAAAUAUUCGUUGGUUUAAUGUUGAUAGCCGAUCGAUUAUUGCAACCGUAAAUCAAACAGCUGGAAAAGCAGCUUCAGCUUUGAAUAAAGCCAUCAAUUGGAUGUAUGGAGGAGGGAAUGAACGACACAAUUCAAGACCAGUGAAUGAAAGUGAUAUGAAAAGAUUUCUUGAUCCUGAAGGACGUCUUAUACAUAUAAAUGAGUUACGACAAGCUAUAUUUGAAGGUGGUGUUGAACCAGCCUAUCGGAAAGUUGUAUGGCGUCAUUUGUUAAACAUCUUUCCACCAAAUAUGACUGGUCUUGAACGUAUUGCCUAUCUUAAAUGUGUAGAAAUUAAAUAUAGAAAAUUAAAAAAACGAUGGACAGAUGAACAACAUCAAAACGAACAUACUCGAGUUAUUAUGCGUACGAUAGAAAAAGAUGUUUCUCGAACUGAUCGAUCCUUUGGUUUCUAUGCUGAUUCUGGUUAUGGUUCUGUUAAUGUCCGAUCUCUAUUUCAUAUUCUCACAACUUAUUGUAUUAGUCAUCCAAAUGUUACCUAUAACCAAGGGAUGAAUGAUUAUGCUUCGACAAUUUUAUAUGUAAUGCGCGAAGAAUCAUUAGCAUAUGUAUGUUUUUGUUCGCUUAUGAAACGUAUUCAAGUCAAUUUUGCUACGGAUGGUGUAGCUAUAGCAACGAAACUUCAUCAUCUUAAAACGCUUCUAAGAGCUAUUGAUCCUGUUUAUUGGAAUUUUCUUGAAUCUUGUGAUGCAGUCAAUCUUUAUUUUACUUAUCGAUGGUUAUUACUCGAAUGUAAACGUGAAUUUCCAUUUAAUGAUGCUUUACGUGUACUUGAAGUAAUGUGGGCAACAUUACCAAUCGAUAAUGAACCACCACAACUCAGCGAUAUAUGUUUAAUAACUUCACCAUCGGAUACAUUGAUUUCUGAUAAUUUAUCUAACGAAGCAAGUCAACAAAUACAACGUCGUGCGCUGAGUUGUCCACCCUUAUCAGUCAUGGAUGAGUCGAGCACUUGUAAAUAUAGACAUCGUUCGUCAUCAUUAACUUAUAUUAGUAGAGACGAAUUAUUAUCUACUUUACAAGACCAUGAACGACGCGAUAGUAAUGUAACUUUGGAUAAUGAUGAAUAUAAUUUCACCACUAGGAAUUUAAAUGCUUCGUGGGCGAAAUCAAGAGGGAAAAGUUUAGAAAACUCAUAUUCACUUAGUGAAAUAUCUGAAUUUGAUAUGAACAAUUUAUCGACACUGUCUUGUAAUGAUUCUAUGACUACUCCGACAAACGCAGUUGCUAGUGCAGCUGUACCGACACAAUAUUCAGCAACAGCUAAUUGGAUACAACGCUUACUCAGUGAUAAUACAACGUGGCUUGAAGAAGAAAAUUUAUUUUUACUUUUUCUUUGUGUCUCGAUACUAUUAGCUCAUCGUAAUUUAUUAUUGAAACAAAUGAAUCUUGAUGAACAAGAAAUAGCCGUAUAUUUUGAUCGUUUUCGUCGUCGUCACAAUGGUGAAAGAAUCCUAUCAUAUGCACGUUCAUUAUAUGCUCAAUAUAUACAAUGGGCAAGGAAAAAACGUAUGCUUGAUGAUCUCAAUAAUUUUUCACCCAAUUAA